CGGGGCAGGGGAGUUUAUGGGCAAGGCAGGGAGGAACAGACAAGCGGGGCACAUUACAGGCGUUCCUUAAAGCCGUCCGGCGCUACGCGCAAGGAACGUUGUAAUAGCCAACUUCUCCGCGGCAGAGAAGCUAACUCUGUGCGAGGACUCGAAGGGGUACACCGGGUGUUGACUAGGCGCUGUCCACCAGGAGCCGCCCAGGCUCCGCGCAAGCGCAAUUUCCACACCUUUCCACAUCUGCAUCCGGUCUUGUGGCCACGCUGGUGCACAUGCGCACACUCUCGGACUAGUUCCUGGUGGGAAGUGAGGCCUGUGAGGCAGAGCUGAGCUGCGCGGCACUGGCGGUGAUAUCGCUCCUGGAGGCGUGGCCUCUGUGGUCCCGCCCUUCGACAUUCCCCUCCAAUGACAUGAGAGCUAGAUCCUGGCUGUCUACGUUUCAGUGUUAACGGUUGCGGCGUGGAUACAGGUUCCGGCGCACGCGCACACAUACAUGGGCGCGCGUGCGCACACGCGCCUGGGGCGGUGGUUGGAGGCUACCGGAGCACGGGGGCUGGCUGUCGGGCGCGGCGAUGGGUGAGGCGGACGCGGGGACGCCUUCUUUCGAGAUGACCUGGAGCAGCACGACAAGCAGUGGCUACUGCAGCCAGGAGGACUCGGACUCAGAGCUCGAGCAGUACUUCACCGCGCGUACCUCGCUGGCUCGGAGGCCGCGCCGGGACCAGGAUGAGCCCGUGGAGUGGGAAACACCUGACCUUUCUCAGGCUGAGAUUGAGCAGAAGAUCAAGGAGUACAACAGCCAGAUCAACAGCAACCUGUUCAUGAGCCUUAACAAAGACGGCUCCUAUACAGGCUUCAUCAAGGUUCAGCUGAAGCUGGUGCGUCCUGUAUCUGUUCCCUCCAGCAAGAAGCCACCCUCCUUGCAGGAUGCCCGGCGGGGCCCAGGGCGGGGCACAGCUGUGAAACGCCGUACCUCUUUCUACCUGCCUAAAGAUGCUGUCAAGCACCUGCAUGUGUUGUCACGCACCCGGGCACGUGAAGUCAUCGAGGCCCUGCUGCGCAAGUUCUUGGUGGUAGAUGAUCCCCGCAAGUUUGCGCUCUUUGAGCGGGCUGAGCGCCAUGGCCAAGUGUACCUCCGGAAGCUGUCAGAUGAUGAGCAGCCCCUUCGGCUCCGGCUCCUCGCAGGGCCCAAUGAGAAGGCCCUAAGCUUUGUCCUGAAAGAAAAUGACUCUGGGGAGGUGAACUGGGAUGCUUUCAGCAUGCCUGAAUUACACAACUUCCUACGCAUCCUGCAGCGGGAAGAAGAGGAACACCUCCGCCAGAUCCUGAAGAAGUACUCCUAUUGCCGCCAGAAGAUCCAGGAAGCCCUGCAUGCCUGCCCCCUGGGGUGACCUCUUGUACCCCUGGGGUGACCUCUUGUACCCCUGGGUGGAAGGAGGAGAGUAGGCAGCGCCAAGGGCGUGCCGUGUGAGUGUGCGAAGGCCCAUGUGGCCUGAGGAAUGAAUGUGCAUGGAGGCCCUCUCUUGCUGGGGGAAUGAGCCCAGAGAACAGCGAAGGAGCUGGUCCCCUGUGUCCACAAGUGGGUGUAACAGCAUGGCUCUGCACCCUUCUGCCCUUCGUGUACUGGGUCAUGGUGGGCCAGGGUUGCCCUGGGAAGCUGCUCCAGGGUUGCCAGUGGGGCUGGAGCAGACAGAAGUCUCCUUAAUUUGUAUCUUAGAUACAAGAAUCUUUGAGAUCCUACAAACAAAUAAUAGGGUCAUGUUUGCAGGGAUGAGGGCCCUCAUCUAUGGUGAAAGAUUGUGUUUUAGGUCUUGGAUAGGGUCUCAGGACAGCCCUGUCAGAACCAAGGAUGGAUAUUCUAGGCAUCAAGGAAGUCUAGGAUUCUCUCUGUAGCACCCUCUGACUCCUCAGACACUCUGGGGUCAGGUAGUGCUAGCUCAUGGUGCAGCAAUGGUGCCUCAGUGCCUCCUCCAAGGAGGGUGUCCCUGGGUCAGGGUUUAUGUGUGGGCACUGGCCCACCUCUGUGCCUUGUUUGCCAGUCAAAGCCAGGGUCUUUCCCUUGAGUAUUUUUGAUGAUGUGUGCGAAUGUAUGUAAUAUUUUGUGACCUCAGCUCAGUGCCUCCUGUUGGGAAAGGGGUCGGGGUGAAGGGCAUCAGGGCCUGGGGCUUGAGAGAAUUGGCUGAAUAAAGAUUUAAGCAUUC